UUUAGAUCCUCCGACGCUCCGAGUGCAAAACCCUAAGCAUCUUCCAUGGAUUCAAACCCUAAAACUUUGAUUCGACUUCAAUUCUGAGAGCCUUUAUCGAUUCGCGGCGUCCAUGGAGAUCUCCAAAUCAGCGCCAAAAACCGUUCUGCUUGAGCCAUUUGUCAAGUUGGUGAAGCUUGUUGCUAGGGCAUUCUAUGAUGAUUAUUCGUCGAAAGGGGAUAAUCAGCUGAAAGCAGCAAGAAGCGACAACAGAGGAAUUGCGGUCGUGGUGCUCGACGCUCUCUCCAGGCGACAAUGGGUUAGAGAAGAAGACUUGGCGAAGGAAUUGAAGUUGCACACCAAACAGCUCCGAAGAAUGUUGAAAUUCUUUGAAGAUGAGAAACUGGUGAUGCGGGAAAACAGGAAGGAGACUGCAAAGGGUGUAAAGAUGUAUAGUGCUGCAGUGGCUGCCACGACUGAUCUCCAGUCAAGAGGUGGUGAGGAAAAAGUUAAGCUACAUACCCACUCAUAUUGCUGUCUUGAUUAUGCACAGAUAUAUGAUGUUGUUCGGUAUAGAAUACAUAGAAUGAAGAAAAAGCUCAAAGAUGAAAUGGAAGACAAGAACUCUGUUCAGGAAUAUGUGUGUCCUAACUGCAGAAGAAAAUACAAUGCAUUGGAUGCAUUGCAAUUAAUUUCUAUGGAAGACGAUUGUUUUCAUUGUGAAAAUUGCAACGGGGAACUUAUUGUGGAGAACGACAAGCUAACGUCCCAGGAUGCAGGAGAUGGAGAUGACAAUGCAAGGAAACUUAGGCGUGAAAAGCUAAAGGAGUUGCUUCAGAAGGUGGAGGUUCAGCUGAAGCCUCUGAUGGAUCAAAUAAAUAGAGUAAAGGACCUUCAAGUUCCCGAAUUUGGAAGUCUUCAAGCAUGGGAAGCUCAUGCAGCUUUGGCUGCUCGUGGCCUAAAUGGUGAUGCUAACUCAAAUGAUCCUUCUAGAUCUUCUCAGGGUGGAUAUGGUUCAACACCAAUGCCUUUUCUUGGAGAGACAAAGGUGGAAGUUAACCUUGGUGAAGGAAAGGAAGAAAAUGUCAAAUCCGAGGGUGGAGGUUCUAGUCUUAAGGUUUUGCCCCCGUGGAUGAUUAAGCAAGGAAUGAGUCUUACAAAGGAGCAAAGAGGAGAGUUUGAACAAGAAUCAAAGGCCGAUGGUAGUAGCUCAGCAAUGGGAAAACUUUCUGAUGACAAGAAGUCAGCCAUGGAGAACGACAAUGAAACGAAUUUGCAGGAUGAGUAUGUCAAAGCAUAUUAUGCUGCUCUACUAAAGAAGCAGCAAGAACUGUCUGAAGCUACAACGAAGACAGAGCCAGUGGAUGCAGUUGCCGCUGAUGUUCUGCUGGCUACAUCUUCAGGUCGUCAGGUGGGUAUGAAAUCAAAACGCGAAGAUGAAGAGGAUGAAGAUGUGGAAUGGGAAGGAGGAGAGACUACUGUUAUAUCAAACUCGAAUAACGAAAAUUACAAGGUGGGAGACUUGAAUGUCGAAGCUGAGGCUUCAGCGGAUGAAGACGAAGACGUCGACUGGGAAGAAGGCUGAAACUUUGCAUUGGACCACAGAGACAAGCUUUUACAGAUGCUUUUAUGGUCUUUGGUUUGGGAUAGAGGAUUAGUCUUUCAUGGAAACUCUGCACAUAUAUCAUUUGCAUGAAUGACCCAACCUCAUGAAGGUUUCAUUUUGUUGUUCCUCCAAAUUUAUUAGCAUAUCAUGUUUACAUAUUUUGGAUCAAGUGAAGUUUUAUAAUCACCCAAUUUCAUGAAGGGUUCGUUGUGUUCUU